CAGCCUAUCGGUGCACGGGGCACCCCCCUCCUGCGUUGUGCUCCAAAGUUGUCUAUCGAAACUACUUCCAACAUUCAAGCACACUUUGCCGUCAAAUACUACUAGAUCUAAUACGACAAAUAAUUAAAUAAGCGCUAUACCUCGUGUUGAAUAUUCUUUCAUUUUACCCCUGCUGGACGCUGAAAAAAAUGUCGUUUUGGGAGUUGUAGUAUUUUCUAAUUGUUUUUCCUGGAUGUACGACUUUUAAGAUUUGAUUUUUCAUUCUAUUCGGCAGAGGACAACGUCAUUAGACUGUAUCGACAAGACUUACCAUCACCAAGUUUGGACUUUCCACUGAGAAGUUGACUUUUUCUGUGACGGAUUUGUGUCUGACAGAGUAGCUGAAAUGGCUACGUUACCAGGAACAGUACCGCGAAUGAUGCGACCAACGCCAGGCCAGAACUAUCCACGAACUGGAUUUGCCUUGGAAGUUUCAACCCCACUUGGCCAAGGGCGCGUGAAUCAGCUGGGCGGAGUGUUCAUCAAUGGACGACCGUUGCCAAAUCAUAUUCGACACAAGAUAGUGGAAAUGGCGCAUCACGGCAUCCGACCCUGCGUCAUCUCGCGACAGCUUCGAGUUUCACACGGCUGCGUGUCAAAAAUUCUCUGUCGGUAUCAAGAGACCGGGUCUAUACGUCCCGGGGCAAUAGGGGGAAGCAAGCCCAGGCAAGUAGCAACGCCUGACGUGGAGAAGAGAAUUGAAGAGUACAAGCGGGAGAACCCAGGAAUGUUCAGCUGGGAGAUUAGGGACAAACUGUUAAAAGACGGGAUGUGUGACCGGGGCACGGCUCCUUCAGGUGAGGCGUCGUCCGUCAGUUCGAUUAGCCGCGUGCUGCGGGCCCGUUUCGGCCGGAGAGAUGAGGAAGACGACUGUGACAAAAAGGAUGAGGACGGAGAAAAGAAAACGAAGCACAGCAUUGAUGGCAUUCUGGGUGAUAAAGGUAGCCGCACAGACGAGGGCUCAGAGGUGGAGUCAGAGCCAGACCUGCCGCUGAAGCGGAAGCAGAGGCGGAGCCGCACCACCUUCACGGCAGAGCAGCUGGAGGAGCUGGAGAAGGCCUUCGAGAGAACGCACUACCCCGACAUCUACACCCGCGAGGAGCUGGCACAGAGGACCAAACUGACUGAGGCUCGUGUGCAGGUGUGGUUUAGCAACAGGCGAGCCAGGUGGCGCAAGCAGGCAGGAGCCAAUCAGCUGGCGGCAUUUAAUCACCUGCUGCCUGGUGCAUUUCCCCCAUCUGGGAUGGCGACCCUGUCUACGUAUCAGCUCCCAGAGUCGACCUACCCAUCCAGCACACUACCACAGGACAUCAGCAGUACCUUGCACAGACCCCAGCCCCUGCCCCCUUCGUCCAUGCAUCAGGGAGGGCUCAACACUGACACCAGCGCCGCCUAUGGCCUCCCAUCCAGUCGCCAUGGCUUCUCCAGCUACUCGGACAGCUUCAUGAGCCAAUCAGCUUCCGGCAAUCACAUGAACCCGGUCGGCAACGGGCUAUCCCCACAGGUGAUGAGCAUACUCAGUAAUCCCAGCACAGUCCCGGCUCAGGCCCAGCACGACUUCUCCAUCUCCCCCCUGCACAGCAGCCUGGACUCCUCCAGCCCCAUCUCGGCCAGCUGCAGCCAACGCUCCGACCCCAUCAAGAGCGUGGAGAGCCUGGCCCAGUCACAGCCUUACUGCCCGCCCACCUACAGCGCCAGCUACAGCGUGGACCCUGUUACUGCAGGCUACCAGUACAGCCAGUACAGCCAGACAGCGGUGGAUUACCUGGCCAAGAACGUGAGUCUGUCCACACAGAGGCGAAUGAAGCUGGGGGACCACUCGGCCGUCCUGGGACUGCUGCAGGUGGAGACAGGACAGGCAUACUGACCACCCCAGACCACACCCCACCUGCCUCCGCCCCACCCACCAGCAUGUACAAUCCCUAACAUGUACACUACAACACUGUAGCAUCCUGCCGAGCCUCAGCUACCGAGCAUGUAUGAGAGAGAGAGAGAAAUACUUUUCAAAAUGGAACUAAAGUAAUUCUACAAACUAUU